CAGCUGCAGGCGCCUCUGCCACUCAGGCCCAAGCCUGGCCGGCGGUUGGGGACCUGGCGGCUGGAGGUGGGAGGGAGGAGGGGAAAGAGGCCCAUGCUGUGGGAGGGGGCUGGGAAGAGAGGCUCUCCGGAGCAGGAAGCCAGGCCGCGGGCAGAGGAGGCUGCGGGGCCCCUCGCUGCAAAGGCAAACAGGAAGGACUGCCCCCUGAGCGCCUCGGCUCGGGGCCCGGGAAUCGCCGCCGCCGCAGAGCCGCAGCUCCGGGCCGAGGGUAAGGAGACGAACCCCGAGCGGGCGGCCGGGGGAGCGGGGGGAGCUCCGCGGGUGCCCGCGCCCCGGCCCCAGCCGCGCCCCGCCUCGCCUCGCGGGCUCCCGCCGCCGCCCCCGGGCCUCCGCGCGCCUGCCGCCCGCCCUUCCCCCCGCACCGCUGCGGGCCGGCGGCGACCGCCACGAUGAAGGCGGGCUCCGGGGAUCAGGGGAGCCCCCCGUGCUUCCUGCGCUUCCCGCGGCCUGUGCGGGUGGUAAGUGGCGCCGAGGCCGAGCUCAAGUGCGUGGUCCUGGGGGAGCCGCCGCCCACUGUCGUGUGGGAGAAGGGCGGCCAGCAGCUGGCGGCCUCGGAGCGCGUGAGCUUCCCGGCGGACGGCGCCGAGCAUGGCCUGCUGCUGAGCGGCGCGCUGCCCACCGACGCGGGGGUCUACGUGUGCCGCGCCCGCAACGCGGCCGGGGAGGCCUACGCGGCGGCAGCCGUCACCGUGCUGGAGCCGCCGGCCCCCGAGCCCGAGCCCCAGCCCGCCGAGCACCCGCUGCCGCCUCCCGGGGCCGGGGAGGGCGCCCCGGUGUUCCUGGCGGGGCCCCGGUCCCAGUGGGUGCUGCGGGGGGCGCAGGUGGUGCUGACGUGCCAGGUGGGGGGCCUCCCCGCGCCCGCGCUCUACUGGGAGAAGGACGGGAUGGCCCUGGACGAAGUGUGGGACAGCAGCCACUUCACGCUCGAGCCUGGCGGCGCCGAGGGCGGCCAGGGCGUGAGCCUAGCGCUGCGCAUCCUGGCAGCGCGGCUGCCCGACUCGGGUGUCUACGUGUGCCACGCCCGCAACGCGCACGGCCACACGCAGGCCGGCGCGCUGCUGCAGGUGCACCAGCCCCCCGAAAACCCGCCCGAGGACCCCGACGAGGCCCCCAAGCCCGUGGUGGAGCCGCUCAAGUGCGCGCCCAAGACCUUCUGGGUGAACGAGGGCAAGCACGCCAAGUUCCGCUGCUACGUGAUGGGCAAGCCCGAGCCCGAGAUCGAAUGGCACUGGGAGGGCCGCCCGCUGCUCUCCGACCGCCGCCGCCUCAUGUACCGCGACCGCGACGGCGGUUUCGUGCUCAAGGUGCUCUACUGCCAGGCCAAGGACCGCGGGCUCUACGUGUGCGCAGCGCGCAACUCGGCAGGCCAGACGCUCAGUGCCGUGCAGCUGCACGUCAAAGAGCCCCGCCUCCGCUUCACCAGGCCCCUGCAGGACGUGGAAGGCCGGGAGCACGGGAUUGCCGUGCUGGAGUGUAAAGUGCCCAACUCGCGCAUUCCCACGGCCUGGUUCCGCGAGGACCAGAGGCUGCUGCCGUGCCGCAAGUACGAGCAGAUCGAGGAGGGCACUGUCCGGCGCCUCAUCAUCCACAGGCUGAAGGCAGAUGAUGACGGCGUCUACCUGUGCGAGAUGCGGGGCCGGGUGCGCACCGUGGCCAACGUGACAGUCAAAGGGCCCAUUCUGAAGCGGCUGCCCCGGAAGCUGGACGUCCUAGAGGGAGAGAAUGCGGUGCUGCUGGUGGAGACACAAGAAGCUGGGGUCGAGGGGCGCUGGAGCCGCGACGGGGAGGACCUGCCGACCACCUGCCAGAGCAGCUCUGGCCACAUGCACGCCCUGGUCCUUCCAGGGGUCACCCGAGAAGAUGCUGGCGAGGUCACCUUUAGCCUGGGCAACUCCCGUACCACCACUCUGCUCAGAGUCAAAUGUGUCAAGCACAGCCCCCCGGGACCCCCCGUGUUGGCAGAGAUGUUCAAGGGCCAUAAGAACACAGUCCUGCUGACCUGGAAGCCCCCCGAACCAGCCCCUGAGACCCCCUUCAUCUACCGGCUGGAGCGGCAGGAGGUGGGCUCCGAAGACUGGAUCCAGUGCUUCAGCAUCGAGAAAGCCGGAGCCGUGGAGGUCCCAGGAGACUGUGUGCCCUCCGAGGGCGACUACCGCUUCCGCGUCUGCACGGUCAGCGAACAUGGCCGCAGCCCCCAUGUUGUGUUCCACGGGUCCGCUCACCUCGUGCCCACAGCUCGCCUGGUGGCCGGUCUGGAGGAUGUCCAGGUGUACGACGGGGAAGAUGCAGUCUUCUCCCUGGAUCUUUCCACCAUCAUCCAGGGCACCUGGUUUCUUAAUGGGGAAGAACUCAAGAGUCACGAGCCAGAGGGCCAGGUGGAGCCCGGGGCCCUGUGCUACCGGAUUGAGCAGAAAGGUCUGCAGCACAGACUCCUCCUGCGAGCCGUCAAGCACCAGCACAGCGGGGCCCUGGUUGGCUUCAGCUGCCCUGGUGUGCAGGACUCAGCCGCCCUCACCAUCCAAGAGAGCCCGGUGCACAUCCUGAGCCCCGAGGACAAGGUGUCCUUGACCUUCACGACCUCGGAGAGGGUGGUGCUGACCUGUGAGCUCUCCCGGGUGGACUUCCCAGCGUGCUGGUACAAGAAUGGGCAGGAGGUGGAGGAGAGCGAGUCGCUAGUGGUGAAGAUGGAUGGGCGCAAACACCGCCUGAUCCUGCCGGCCGCCGAGGUCCGGGACAGCGGCGAGUUUGAGUGCAGAACGGAGGGGGUCUCCGCCUUCUUCAGUGUCACCGUCCAAGACCCCCCGGUGCAUAUCCUGGAUCCCCAGGAGCACGUGUUCGUGCACGCCAUAACCUCAGAGUGUGUCAUGCUAACCUGUGAGGUGGACCGAGAAGACGCCCCCGUGCACUGGUACAAGGAUGGGCAGGAGGUGGAGGAGAGUGACUUCGUGGUCCUGGAGAAGGAAGGGCCCCACCACCGCCUGGUGCUGCCUGCUGCCCAGCCCCCAGACGGCGGUGAAUUUCAGUGCGUCGCCGGAGAUGAGCGUGCCUACUUCACGGUCACCAUCACAGAUGUCUCCUCGUGGAUCGUGUACCCCAGCGGCAAGGUGUACGUGGCAGCUGUGCGCCUGGAGCGCGUGGUGCUGACCUGUGAGCUGUGCCGGCCCUGGGCCGAGGUGCGCUGGACCAAGGACGGUGAGGAGGUAGCGGAGAGUCCCGCACUGCUCCUGCAGAAGGAGGACACGGUCCGCCGCCUGGUGUUGCCCGCUGUCCAGCUCGAGGACUCCGGCGAGUACUUGUGUGAAAUCGACGACGAGUCGGCCUCGUUCACCGUCACUGUCACAGAGCCCCCAGUGCGCAUCAUAUACCCCCGGGAUGAGGUGACCUUGAUCGCCGUGAGCUUGGAGUGCGUGGUGCUGAUGUGCGAGCUGUCCCGGGAGGACGCCCCUGUGCGCUGGUACAAAGACGGGCUGGAGGUAGAGGAGAGCGAGGCCCUGGUGCUGGAGAGUGACGGGCCACACCGCCGCCUGGUGCUGCCUGCCGCCCAGCCCGAGCAGGGGGGCGAGUUCGUGUGUGAUGCCGUAGAUGACUCAGCCUUCUUCACUGUCACCGUCACAGCCCCGCCAGAGAGGAUUGUGCACCCGGCAGCCCGCUCCCUGGACCUGCAGUUCGGGGCCCCGGGGCGCGUGGAGCUGCGCUGCGAGGUGGCCCCUGCCGGGUCCCAGGUGCGCUGGUACAAGAAUGGGCUGGAGGUGGAGGCAUCGGACACGCUGCAGCUGGGAGCCAAGGGGCCUGCUCGCACCCUGACCCUGCCCCACGCCCAGCCCGAGGACACCGGGGAGUAUGUGUGCGAGACUCGUGACGAAGCUGUCACCUUCAAUGUCAGCCUGGCUGAGCCCCCAGUCCAGUUCCUCGCCCCAGAGGCAGCCCCUGCCCCACUCUGUGUGGCCCCUGGGGAGCCGGUGGUGCUGAGCUGUGAACUGUCCCGGGCUGGCGCCCUGGUCUUCUGGAGUCACAACGGGAGCCCCGUGCAGGAGGGCGAGGGCCUGGAGCUCCAUGCUGAGGGCCCCCACCGCAUCCUCUGCAUCCGGGCUGCAGAGCUGGCCCACGCCGGCCUCUACACCUGCCAGUCUGCGACAGCCCCGGGGACCCCCAGCCUCAGCUUCACUGUCCGAGUGGCUGAGCCCCCCGUGCGGGUGGUGGCCCCCGAGGCAGCCCAGACGAGGGUUCGCAGUACCCCAGGCGGGGACCUGGAGCUGGUGGUGCACCUCUCCGGGCCAGGGGGCCCUGUGCGCUGGUACAAGGACGGGGAGCGACUGGCGAGCCAGGGGCGGGUGCGGCUGGAGCAGGCCGGGGCGAGGCAGGUGCUGCGGGUGCGGGGGACACGGAGCGGGGACGCUGGGGAGUACCUGUGCGACACACCCCAGGACAGCCGCAUCUUCCUCGUCAGCGUGGAAGAACCACCACUGGCAAAGCUGGUCUCAGAACUGACACCACUCACCGUCCACGAGGGGGAUGAUGCCACGUUCCGGUGUGAAGUCUCCCCACCAGACGCCGAGGUCACCUGGCUACGCAACGGGGCUGUUGUCACUCCGGGGCCCCAGGUAGAGCUAGGCCAGAGUGGUUUGAGCCGCACGCUGACCGUCCGAGGCUGCCAGCUCGACGACGCGGGGACCGUGACUGCCCGAGCAGGGGGCACGGCCACGAGCGCCCGGCUCCACGUUCGAGAAAUGGAGCUGCUCUUCCUGCGGCGCCUGCAAGAUGUGCGGGCCGAGGAAGGGCAGGACGUGUGCCUGGAAGUGGAGACGGGCCGAGUGGGUGCAGCAGGGGCCGUGCGCUGGGUGCGAGGUGGGGAGCCCUUACCCCGUGACUCUCGUAUGUCCAUGGCCCAGGAUGGCCACGUCUACCGCCUCUUCAUCCACGGCGUCGUGCUGGCCGACCAGGGCACCUACGGCUGUGAGAGCCACCACGAUCGCACCCUGGCCAGGCUCAGCGUGAGGCCAAAGCAGCUAAGGGUGCUACGGCCUCUGGAGGAUGUGACCAUCAUUGAGGGCGGCAGUGCCACCUUCCAGCUGGAGCUGUCCCAGGAGGGUGUGACUGGGGAGUGGGCCCGGGGUGGAGUGCGGCUGCAGCCGGGGCCCAAAUGCCACCUGCAUGCCGAGAGCCGCACUCACCGCCUGGUACUCAGCGGCCUGGGCCUGGCCGACUCGGGCUGCAUCUCCUUCACUGUGGAUUCCCUGCGCUGUGCCGCCAGACUCACUGUGAGAGAGGCCCCAGUGACCAUUGUGCGAGGGCCACAGGACCUAGAGGUGACCGAGGGAGACACAGCUACAUUGGAGUGCGAGCUUUCCCAGGCUCUGGCUGAUGUCACCUGGGAGAAGGACGGGCGCCCGCUCACCCCCAGCCCUCGGCUCCGACUCCAGGCCCUCGGCACGCGUCGCCUUCUCCAGCUGCGGCGCUGCUGCCCCUUGGACGCCGGGACCUACAGCUGUGCAGUGGGGACGGCUCGCGCCGGGCCCGUCCGCCUGGUCGUGCGCGAGCGCAACGUGUCUGUACUUUCUGAGCUCCGGUCGGUUUGCGCCCGCCAAGGUGACGGCGCCACGUUCGAGUGCACCGUGUCGGAGGUCGAGACCACGGGGAGCUGGGAGCUCGGAGGCCGUCCGCUGAGACCUGGAGGCCACGUCCGCAUCCGACAGGAAGGGAAGAAACAUAUUCUGGUGCUGAGCGAGCUGCGCCCGGAGUACGCCGGUGAGGUCCGCUUCCAGGCGGGACCCGCCCAGUCCGUGGCUCAGCUGGAGGUAGAGGCACUGCCUCUCCAGAUGUGCCGCCGCCCCCCUCGAGAAAAGACGGUUCUCGUCGGCCGCAGGGCGGUGCUGGAGGUGACUGUGUCCCGCUCGGGGGGCCACGUGUGCUGGUUGCGGGAGGGGGUCGAGCUGUGCCCGGGAGACAAGUAUGAGCUGCGCAGCCACGGCCCCACCCACAGCCUGGUCAUCCAUGACGUGCGACCUGAGGACCAGGGCACUUACAGCUGCCAGGCCGGCCAGGACAGCGCCCACACACGGUUGCUGGUAGAGGGUAGCUAGGAGGACCGAACCAGGCCAGGCAGGUGCCCUCGGACAGCUUGGAAGGCGUGUGCCCGUACCCUGGGCAGGGGU